AUGGCGUUGGCGGAUGCCCUGGAGAGGCUGCAGGAGGAGGCCGUGUGCCCCAUCUGCCUGGAGUACAUGAGCGAGCCGGUCAGCGUGGACUGCGGCCACAACUUCUGCCGGGGCUGCAUCGCCCAGCACUGCCAGGAGAAGGGGGUGUGGGCCGAGGGGCCCUUCCCCUGCCCGCAGUGCCGAGCCUCCUGCCAGCGCGGCGGCCUCCGGCCCAACAGGCAACUGGCCAACAUGGUGGAGAGCAUCCGGCGGCUGGGGCCGAGGGGGGACGCGGGGGCCGAGGCCGGGGCCCCGCGCUGCUCCCGGCACGAGGAGCGCCUCAAGCUGUUCUGUGAGGAGGACGAGGAGGCCGUGUGCGUGGUGUGCCGCGAGUCCCUGCAGCACCGCUCCCACGCCGUCUGCCCCAUCGAGGAGGCGGCGCAGACGUACAAGGCCAAACUCCAGAAGUCCCUGGAGCACCUUUUGAAGGAGGUGGAGGAGGUGAAGAAGCGUGAGUCAGCAGAAAGGAUGAAAAGCCAGGAGUGCAAGGAGAUGGUGAAGAAGCAGCGGGAGAGGAUCGUGAGCGAGUUUGGGAAGCUGCAUCGGCUGCUGGCUGAUGAGGAGAAGCUGCUGCUGCAUAAGCUGGAGGAGGAGGAGAAGUGGCUUCUGCUGCUGAUCAAUGAAAACCUGGGGAAGCUGGCAGAGCAGAAGUCCUUGCUGGAGCAGCUGAUCCUGGAGAUGAAGGAGAAGGCCCAGCAGCCGGCUGAUGGGCUGCUCAAGAACAUGAAAAGCUUCCUGAGCAGGUGUGAUGGGGUGAAUUUCCCGUCCCUCAAGGAUGUGUCUGUGGCUCUGGAAGAAAACUACAGCAUCCCUGAGCGCUGCCUGGGCAUGAGAGAGAUGCUGAAGCAGUUCAAAGUGGAUGUGACCCUGGACCCCGAGACGGCCCACCCCGAGCUCUCGGUGUCCGAGGACCGCAAGAGCGUGCGGCGUGGCGGCAAGAAGCUGUUUCUGUGCCUCUUUGAGAACCCCAAGAGGUUCCUCACGUCCCCAGUGGUGCUGGGCAGCCAGGCCUUCUCCUCAGGCCGCUCUUACUGGGAGGUGCAGGUGGGAGACAAACCCGAGUGGGGCUUGGGGCUGUGCCAGGAGUCCGCCAGCCGCAAGGGCAACGUCGUCUUCUCCCCGAGUAACGGCUACUGGGUGCUGAGGCUGCAGAGCGAGGGCAGCUACGAGGCCCUGACGUGCCCCAGCUCCCCCCUGAGCCUGAGCGUCAGGCCCCGCUGCGUCGGCAUCUUCCUGGACUACGAGGCGGGAGAAAUCACCUUCUACAACGUGAGCGACCGCUCGCACCUCUACACCUUCACCCACGGCUUCUCGGGGCAGCUCCGGCCGCUCUUCUUCCUGGGGGGGUCUCUGGGGGGCAGGAACACGGAGCCUUUGGUGAUCUCCUGGGUCAGGGACACGGAGGAGAGCGGCUGCGUGUUCCUGUGACAGCGGCUGCUCGCCCUCCUCGGCCUCAUCCAGGUGAACCUGCUUCUGCAGGGGGCAGGGCUUGGGCUGGAUGGUCUCUAAAGGUCCCUUCCAACCCCACCAUUGUGUGAUUCCCGGGGGCAGGCAGGGAGCUGGGAGCCUGCCGGGCUCCUGCUGGGAGCAGGAGGGGGUUGGUGUGGCAGCAGGUCGGUGUGACGUCGUGGCAGGGUCCCUGGGUGCUCCUGGGGGUGCUGUGCUGAG